CUUUUAUAACGUAUGAUUACAACUAUUUCUAUGCCUUUUGAGUCUAUUUAGGUUUAAUUAAUUUUGGUACCCCGCAAUAUGUUUGGGGUCUUAUGCUUUAUAUGGAGUUGGCAGAUGCAACCAGUCUGGCAUUCUGCACAGCUGGCGGCCGAAUAACCGAUCUCAUUUCUUUUGAACAUAAUGAAUGCAGACUUGAGGAUGAGCACUGGACCGUGUCCUCUUUAGUAUUCACCGUGCCAAGGGCAGCAUAUUACUACGACCUACGUACUGGUGAUUUCAAUUCACAAUGAACUUGUGGGUCACAUUCUACAUUCCUCAAGGGACCAUGUUUCAUACUUUUUCAAAUCAUUUUUACAUUAAUCGGAAACUUGGGACUGAGUGGACUUUUAGUGACAGAAUUGCAGCAGUGACAAAGAAGCAGAACUGCAGAAGCACCUCUAUCAAAAUUUAAUGAAAAAGAUGAUUCAGCAGUGAUAUUUGAUUCGUUUGAUUUAAUUCACAAAACCGGCUCCAAUUUGAAUGUAUAUAAUAUUAAUUUGAAUACGAGGUUUAGUGUUAGAUUUCAUUUGAACUGCAUCAAUGAGGUUAUUGGAGCAGCUUCAAUAGGAUAUAUUCCCUUUCAUUGGAGAGUUCUUGAUUAAGACUUUCAUUGUAAUGGGUUUUUUUUUAUAAGAAACCGACUCUCCUACAAGAGCCGAUCUCCAAUCUGUUUUUUUUAUCCCUUUUUCUUUUUGAAAUAUAAAGUUAAAAUGACCUU